AUGGAAGCGUUUCUCGAAAAAGCUGUGGCAGUUGGUAAAGAUAAACACCCGAGGAAUAAAAACAAGCAUAUUCAGUAUGGAACAGCCGGAUUCAGAACUUUGGCUGAGGAACUUGAUCAUGUUAUCUACAGAAUGGGAAUAUUGGCAGUCAUUGCAUCAAAAUCAAGGAAAGCUACCAUUGGAGUAAUGAUAACUGCCUCACACAAUCCAGAGAAAGAUAAUGGAGUCAAAUUAAUAGAUUGCCAUGGAGAAAUGAUGCCAGCUUCAUGGGAGAAAUCAGCUACUGUACUUGCUAAUGUUGGGGAUGAUGAAUUGAUAGCUGCUAUAAAGUCCAUUUUUUCUGCUGAGAAUAUUGACUGUAGUGAACAAUUAUCUCAAAGUUUACAAGAUGGUGUAGUUGUUAUGGGAGGUGAAUAUAUAGAUUUUGGAUUACUAAGUACCCCACAAUUACAUUAUUUAGUAGUAUGUACUAAUACUAAUGGUGGUUAUGGACAACCCACUGAAGAAGGGUAUUAUGUUAAAUUAUCAAAAGCAUUCCUAGAUUUAUGUCAAGAGCAAGAUUCUCGAUCAUUAAAACAUUAUAAAAAGAAGUUGUAUGUUGAUGGUGCAAAUGGUGUUGGUGCUGAAAAAUUAAAACUGCUAUUAAAACAUUUAAAUAACUUAUUAGAUAUAGAAAUCUUUAAUGAUGGGACAGAAGGAAAACUCAAUUAUCAAUGUGGUGCUGAUUAUGUAAAGGUUCAACAAAAAUUACCACUAGGUAUGAAAGUUGAAGGGGGUGUAAGAUGUGCUUCUUAUGAUGGUGAUGCUGACAGAAUUGUUUAUUAUUAUUUAGAUCAAGAUGGUAUAUUUAGAUUACUAGAUGGUGAUAAAAUAGCUACAUUAGUGGCUGGUUAUUUACAAGAUUUAGUAAGUAGGAGUGGAUUAGAUUUAAACCUAGGAUUAGUACAAACAGCUUAUGCCAAUGGUAGUUCAACUCAGUAUAUCACACAGCAGUUGAAAGUUCCUGUAGCCUGUGUGCCAACUGGGGUAAAACAUUUACAUCAUAAAGCACAAGAUUUUGAUAUUGGUGUAUAUUUUGAAGCUAAUGGACAUGGAACUGUGUUAUUUAGUGAUACUGCAAUGAAGAAGGUAAAAGAAGCCAAACAAGGUUCAAGUUUAAGUUCAGACAAGAGACAAAUAAUUGUACGACUUUCGACAAUGAUAGAUUUAAUUAAUCAGACAGUAGGUGAUGCUCUAUCUGAUAUGUUAUUAGUGGAAGUUAUUCUGAGAACACAUGAUUGGAACCCUGGUUUAUGGAAUAAAUGUUAUACUGAUCUUCCUAACAGACAGCUUAAAGUCAAGGUUAAAGAUAGGAAUGUUAUAUCAACUACUGAUGCUGAGAGAAAGGUUGUGACACCAGAAGGUUUACAAUCAGCUAUUGAUAAUAUUGUAUCAGAAUAUAAACAAGGUAGAUCCUUUGUACGACCAUCUGGUACUGAAGAUGUUGUUAGAGUUUAUGCUGAGGCUGAUACACAGGAAAAUACUGAUAAAUUGGCUAAAGCUGUUGGACUAAAGGUUUAUGAAUUAGCUGGUGGCAUUGGUGACAAACCAUAGACUCUUCUAUGACAUUAAUGAACAAAUUAUUUGUGACAUAAAAAAUGCUGGGAACAACAACUUUAGUUUGGUUUAUAAGUUACUAUAUCAAUGUUUUAAGAAAAGGGCCAUAUAUAUUUGAUAUAUUCAUUUUAAUUUUUAUAAAAUGUUCAGCUUUAUAUAUGUAAAAUAUGCAAUACUUUAAGUGAAACAACGUCUAGGAAUGAACAUCAAAUUGAAGUUCUCAAGAAUGGUCAAUAUGAGUAUAUAUUCAUCAGUGAACUUACCUGGUGUCAUAAAGUUACAACAGAAUCCCUGUAAAAUUUGGAAAAUUGGAAAAUUCAUAAAACUAAGUAAAUAUUGAAAAACGCUUAAUCUAAGUAUUAAGCGUUUUUCAAUAGUUAAUUGCAUCUUUAUGGAUAAUUACUAAGUUUUUUGGAUUUAUCGGAUUAUAUAUUCUCUUAUUGGCCAAGAAUAAAGUUCUUAAAUUUCAUGUUCUUUCUUAGAGGUGGUAUUCCUAUAAUGGCAAUGCAUUUAAUGUAUUUUGAAUGUUUGUGGGAUUUUUUUUUUAUAAAGUUGUGAUGAUUGAAAACCUCUAUAUUUUGUUUUGUUAUAGUAUAUAUUAUAUUUUUGAUAAAUUUAUCACAGAUUAACCAUUAAUUGAUUGUUUAUUAGUAUCAUUAAUAUUUAUGAUAAAUAUAUCACAUUGUAACUAAAUCGUGUCAUGUUGAUCAGCACAAAUAACACUUAACUCAACACAAUGAGACAAGGCUCUGUUCACAUUAGUAAAGUUUACAGGAUGAUAACAAAAAAACAGAGAAGAAUUGAGUGGAAAUUGAAAAUAUUUUAAUUAUUAAUGAAAAAUGAUAUAAAUUGCAAAUAAAAUGAUUACAUCACAUUUAUCCUUAAGUCAUUACACAUAAUUUCAUGCAGCCACAUUCAUUAGAAUUAGGAUAACACAAGCAUAUACUGAUAUGUACGUAUAAUGAAGACAAUCAUCCACAUUGGCAAUUGCAGAGCAUUGCGUACUGCUUCAAGUUCAGAGUCCAUUCAAUAUACACCUUUCACAAAACGAAACAGCCUGUAGCACACAGGGCCUCCAACCUGCAUCACUGACAGAGGUUAACAGGGUUGAAAAACCUGAAGGUAUUGUCUUCACUCCUGUCUAGAUUGAAUCCUCAACUUUCAUGUUACUGUGGCACCCUCCCAAAAGUGAGAAACACAAAAGAAAUUAGCUUCUAACACACAAAUAUAUGGUAACCACACGUCCAAAAUCAGCCUUGGUGCAUGUCUUUAUGAAGUUUACUCUAGCUUUAUUAUUCCUAUCACAGAUUGAGUCUUGGUGUGAUCAGUUUAGUAGUAUGGUACCCAAUUACUAUCAUCGGCAGGAUUUAACAUACCAGUUACUAAUAGUACUAUAUCUAUAAUCCACCAAAUACCUACACCACCUAAUGUUAAUAAUUUACCUACUGCUGUUCCU